AUGUCUGUCACUACUGAUGGCGAUAGGGUUGUUCUAACCCACCCUGAGGAUAAAACCAGCACUGUGACUAUUUUAAACUACGGUGCCACUGUAAUCAGUUGGAAGCUAAAGGGCAAGGAACAACUUUGGGUAUCAGAAGCUGCUAAACUUGAUGGUUCCAAACCAGUUAGAGGCGGUAUUCCACUAGUCUUCCCUGUGUUUGGCAAGAGCAAGACGGAUGAUGCUUUGAGCAAGUUACCUCAACAUGGCCUAGCUCGGAACUCCGCCUGGGAGUUCCUGGGUCAGACCAAGAGCAAUCCACCAACUGUUCAAUUUGCCUUGAGCCCUGAAAUAGCGAAUCCCGAGCUGACGAAAGUGUGGCCCUUCGACUUCUCACUGAUCUUGACUGUUGAGCUAGGUAUUGACUUCUUAAAGACUGACAUUGAAGUGACCAAUCCCUCCAAGAGCCAAGAAUUGAAGUUCAACUGGCUAUUCCACACUUACCUCAAGACCGAAGAUAUUGAAGAUACGUUUGUCUCGAACCUUGUUGGAAUGGAAUUGUACGACCAACUGUUGCAAGAGACCUAUGUCGACAAACAUCCGGUUGUUACCAUUCAUGAGGAAAAGGACGUUAUCUACAGAAACAUCGAUGACGAUCGUUUGAUUCAGGUUGUUCGCAAAGGUGAGCCUAUUCAUACUCUGAAGAGGCACAAUUUGCCAGAUGCCGUCGUGUGGAAUCCGUGGAUCGCCAAGUCCAAGUCUAUGGCAGACUUUGAGCCAAAGACGGGGUAUCAGACUAUGAUUUGCGUGGAGCCAGGUCACGUCCACGACCUGAUCACGCUAGCACCGGGCGAGACCUGGAACGCGUACCAGCUGUUGUACAGGGACACAUUGAAAUAUCAAGCCAUCUAA